GCAGAUCCUGCAGACCACACUGAAGAUGUGUUCAGUUAAACUGGAGGACUGUGGGAACCUGAUGAUGGAGAUAAAAACAGAACCCACAGCAGAUGAAUAUGAAGACAAUCAUAAUGAUGCUCAGAAGUUUAUUCUCUCAGUAAACCGUACAUAGAUUUUCAAUGGAGGGUAAGAAAGCUCUCAGACUAUACAAAACAUCUUAAACUGUGUUCUGAAGAUGAACGGAGGUCUUACAAGUGUGGAACGACAUGAGGACGUGAAGAGUGAAUCAUGUUGUGAUGGAGAAAUAACGUCCUCAACAUCAGAAGAGCGACUGACAGCACAAACUCAAGAGAAGAAACUUCAUUCAGAAGAGCAAAGAGAGACGAAGAAGAAGCCGUUUAACUGUGAGCAAUGUGGGAAGGAUUUUGAUUUCUUAUUUCAGCUGAAAGGCCACAUGAAGGGACACAGUGGUGAAAAACCUUUCCACUGCAAUGAAUGUGGCAAUUACUACAGCAGCAAAAAAACUCUUGAUGUUCAUAAGAGAAUUCACAAAGAAGAGAAACUGUAUGAGUGUCCUCACUGUGAGAAGAGAUUUAACUACCAAUCCAAUCUGAAUAAACAUGUGUGUUUACACACCAAUGAGAGACCGUAUCAGUGCAGUCAAUGUGGAAAAACCUUCACGCAGUCAUGCUCUUUAAAGUCACACGAAAAAACACACUCUCAAGAGAGACUCUAUCCAUGUUCAUACUGUGAUAAACGUUUUAGGUUUAAAUCUCAUCUGAUAAUCCAUGAGAGAGUUCACACAGGAGAGAAACCUUACGUCUGCAGUGUUUGUAAGAAGGGUUUCAAUCAGCGUCAAAGUUUAGUGAGACACCAGAAAUCUCAUACAGGUGAAAAACCUUACAAAUGCUCUCAGUGUGACAAGACGUUUACUCAAUCAAACUACUUAAAAAUCCAUGAGAGACUUCAUUCUGGAGAGAAACCUUACGUCUGCUCUCAAUGUGGAAAAAGCUUCUCUGAUCCAUCUCGUUUUAGAGUUCAUCAGAGACUUCACACAGGAGAAAAACCUUACGUCUGCUCUUACUGUGGUUAUAGGUUCUCUGAACUAUGUAAUUUGAGAGUUCAUCAGAGACUUCACACUGGAAAGAAGAAACUUCAUCACUGCAGUGUUUGUGGGAAGAGUUUUAAUCGGCGUGAAGAUUUAGUGACACACCAGAGAACCCAUACAGACGUGAAGAGUGAAUCAUGUUGUGAUGGAGAAAUAACGUCCUCAACAUCAGAAGAGCGACUGACAGCACAAACUCAAGAGAAGAAACUUCAUUCAGAAGAGCAAAGAGAGACGAAGAAGAAGCCGUUUAACUGUGAGCAAUGUGGGAAGGAUUUUGAUUUCUUAUUUCAGCUGAAAAGCCACAUGAAGGGACACAGUGGUGAAAAACCUUUCUACUGCAAUGAAUGUGGCAAAUACUACAGCAGCAAAAAAACUCUUGAUGUUCAUCAGAGACUUCACAAAGAAGAGAAACUGUAUGAGUGUCCUCACUGUGAGAAGAGAUUCAACUACCAAUCCAAUCUGAAGAGACAUGUGUGUUCACACACCAAUGAGAGACCGUAUCAGUGCAGUCAAUGUGGAAAAACCUUCACACAGUCUUGCUCUUUAAAGUCACAUGAAAAAACACACUCUCAAGAGAAACUCUAUCCAUGUUCAUACUGUGAUAAACGUUUCAGUGAUAAAUCUAAUCUGAUAACCCAUGAGAGAGUUCACACAGGAGAGAAACCUUACGUCUGCAGUGUUUGUAAGAAGGGUUUCAAUCAGCGUCAAAGUUUAGUGAGACACCAGAGAACUCAUACAGGUAAAAAACCUUACAAAUGCUCUCAGUGUGACAAGACGUUUACUCAAUCAAACUACUUAAAAAUCCAUGAGAGACUUCAUUCUGGAGAGAAACCUUACGUCUGCUCUCAAUGUGGAAAAAGCUUCUCUGAUCCAUCUCGUUUUAGAGUUCAUCAGAGAGUUCACACAGGAGAGAAACCUUACGUCUUUUCUUACUGUGGUUAUAGGUUCUCUGAACUGUGUAAUUUGAGAGUUCAUCAAAGACUUCACACUGGAAAGAAGAAACUUCAUCACUGCAGUGUUUGUGGGAAGAGUUUUAAUCGGCGUGAAGAUUUAGUGACACACCAGAGAUCUCAUACAGGUGAAAAACCUUACAAAUGCGCUCAGUGUGAAAAGACAUUUUCUUCGUUGAAUUACUUAAAAGUACACGAGAGACUUCACACUGGAGUUAAACCUUAUGUCUGCUCUUACUGUGGAAAAAGCUUCUUUGAUCCAUCUAAUUUCAGAGUUCAUCAGAGAAUUCACACUGGAGCGAAGAAACCUCAUCACUGCAGUGUUUGUGGGAAGAGUUUUAAUCGGCGUCAAAGUUUAGUGAGACACCAGAGAACUCAUACAGGUGAAAAACCUUACAAAUGCUCUCAGUGUGAAAAGACAUUUACUUGGUUGAGUUCCUUAAAAAGCCAUGAGAGACGUCAUUCUUCAGCUUCUCUGAUCAAUCUCAUUUCAUAGUUUAUUAAAGAGUUCACACGAGAGAGAAACUUUACCUGUGCAGUGUUUGUGAGAAGAGUUUUGAAGGAGUCGUAUGACUCGAUUUCAGGUUUUCCUUUGUUUUUAGAAUGUUAAAAGAUUUCUGUGCAUAAAGAAGAUCUAUAAAGUUGCAAAGUUAAAGUUUUUAAACCCAAAAAGAUCUUUUUAAAAGUGAAGCCUCACCAACACCUUUAUAAACGGCUUAUUCAAACACACCCCUGCAGUUGGAUGCCAUACUGAGAUUUGCAUAACACCGCCCUAAUGUAUACGCAAAGAUAGAGGCUGUAAGCUUCAUUCGCACUGUAGUAUUGUUGCCAGGUCCGGUUCUAGAUAUUUGGAGGCCCCCCACACCCCUCUAAUUUUCAGAAUAAUCUGAGAAGUGUUUUUGUACCCUGUAAGAAAUCAUUUAAGCACUACAGUGAUUAAACAUGUUUUCCCCAUUACUUUUCUGUUUUAUCAAGUUAACACAUGUAUGUAAAAAUUUGAUUAGAAAUUAUGCAUGACUACAUGUGUUAAACAUUUUAAGGCAGGUCAAAGUUGUUGUUGUUGAUCCAGUAUUUAUUUAAAACGCCACCUUUUUGGGAUAACACAGGAAAACAGUUUUGCUUUCUCCAAAGAGUAAGAUUAAAAAGACAACACUAAAAACCCUAACUGUAAAAAAAACUACAGAUGAACACCUACUAGAAAACCUUAUUUUAUGCUAGCUGGGUUUGAAGAGGAAGUUUUAUGAGACCAAUGGUUUGAUCUUAUUUUUGACCAUCAAACACAGAUGCAUAAGAGGGAAUCCUUAGCAGGGAUGUAGCCCAGAUCAGUGGUCUGCGGGAAAGACUGAUGUCUGCUGGUGCAACUGGGCCUCACGUCCGAAUCUUUCUAAACAAAUGUUCAAAUAGACACUAUACUAAUCGACUGCAGAUUUAAAAAUUAUACAUUAUAUAUUCUCGACUGAACUCAUCUUAAUAAGCACCUAUUUUAAGAUUCAUGUUUUUAAACAUCCUUUUGUGUGUAGGUGUGUAUUAGUACAUGUUAACAAUAUUCAAAAAGUACAUACCCCAAAGAAAAUGUCUCCAACGUUCUACUACAAAAAACACUCGGAUUGUAGGCAACAGUUUACUUCCUGGGAUUGGUGACGUAGACAAGACUAACAUUAUCAUAAUUCAGCCCUCUGUGAUUUGCUUGGUACGCCCCCAAAAAU